AUGAGGGAGCGAAGACAUGUAAAUGGCACUAGCAAUACCAAUAGACGAACUGUCCCUCGACUUGUUGAUAUGAAUGCUAUGUCAAAGAACAUUUGUUUCAAGAAAUCUGAGCAAGAUGAACUAGCCACAACACUUAAACUUAAAAAGUCGAAUAGCCUUCUUGACAAUAGAUAUCAACGAAAGCGCCGUGUUCAGAGUGCACCUGGUGCAAGCAGAAAAUUUACAAGAUCAAGUGCUUUAGCAAGGGAAGACACGAUGUUGCUUGACGACGAUACGCUUCCUAAACUUCCGACUUCACUUGUUUUCUGA